AUGGCUCCUCUAAUAUCAACAGUCACCGAAUUGGUUCGCGCCCGAGCAGCGCAGACGCUCGGCGGCGCUGCCCGUUACGCCGUCAAAGCUGCGGUCCCGAACGGAUUUACUCCCUCACAAACGAUCGACGACCCACCCAGCCGCAUCCUCGCUCGACAACAAAACCCACAAUCGGUACAGACAGUACCGGUCCAGACCGUGCCCGGCGGGUAUAGCGUCACAGGUCCAGAUCCCGGCACGGUGGUGGGGAUCACGCUCGGGUCGGUGGCCGGGUUCCUGCUCGUUCUUUGGAUCAUCUACACUUGCAUCAAUCUCGGCAACCCAGCCAUCGCCGAGACGACGAGUUCGUACGGAGGGACGGCGUCGGUAGUGACGAGGAAGACCCGCGGUCACUCACGCCACCGCCACUCGUCGCGACACCACAGCCACCGGCGCGGCAGCAGGAUCGAGGUGCGCACCACAUCGACGUCGCGGCCGGCGCGCGUCGUCCCCGUUGUUGUGGAUGAGCCUUCGGAACUGGGCCCGCGCGGUAGGCCCCACGUCGAGCGCGUCGUCUUGGAAUCGACCACCUCGCGCAGACUCUCGGGGAGCCGGCCGCCGCCGCCGCCGUCGGGCGGUCCCACUUAUGGCGUACCAGUGCCCGGACCGAGAAUUGUGCACAGCGAUGAUGAGAGCAGCGAGGAUGAAGUUGUCGUCAUCGAGGAGAGGUCGAGGUCGCCGCCGCAGAGGAGGCACCGCAGCAGACGAGGGUCGAGCGCGUACGAAGAGAGGAGGUACAGCGAAUCAAGGAGAAGGUAG